AUGCUAGAGGAUGUCCAGCUUGGUAUCAACGCCGUGCUCGAUGACACAGAACUCGAACCCGACGGUACUAUACUAGAGGACGUCGAGCUUGAUAUGAGCGCCGUGCUCGAUGGCACAGAUGUACUCGAAUCCGACUGCUGCGCAGGUGGCUGCGGCGACCCCGGACUCUUCAUACUCUCCACAAUAAAGCGAUGA